AUGUACUCCAACAUCCUCGCUCGUUCUGCCAUGCGCUCUGCUGCUGCUCGUCGCAUUGCUCGCUCUGAUCUCUAUCACUUUGAAAACACCAAUGGACAAAACAUUCCUUUCAACACCAAGAACAGAGCUGGUCUUGCAAUCAAGAUGUCCUUGUACCUUGGUCUUGGUUUCGCUGCUCCCUUCAUUGGUGCUUGGUGGCAAUUCUACAAGGCUGGUUAA